AUGAGGCAGGAGGGGGUACCUGGGCAGCCGGCUGGAUUUGGCGCUAGAGAUGCUGAAGGGUCUGCAUGUCUGACAGAGUUUCAGGUUGGUCAGCAAUUUCCGGAUAAAGAAGAGGCCCUCUUAAGUGUCAAGACUUACAGCAUCCGUCGAGGGGUACAGUACAAGGUCGUGGAGUCUGACUAUCGCCGGUAUGUGGGCAAGUGUUCUGAGUUCGGCAAUGGGUGCACAUGGUUGAUUCGGCUUAGUCUCCGACAACGAAAGGGAGUUUGGGAGGUCAAACAUUACAACGGACCACAUACUUGUCUCGCCACCUCGAUUUCCACCGACCACAGGAGUUUGGAUUACCAUGUGAUAUCGGCAUUCAUUAUGCCAAUGGUUAGGGCUGAUGCAUCCGUCAGCAUCAAGGUGCUCCUAAAUGCCACCACAACACACUUCGAGUUUAGGCCGACUUACAGGAGGGUCUGGUUGGCGAAGCAGAAGGCUGUUGCCCUCAUCUAUGGUGACUGGGAUGAGUCGUACAACGAGCUCCCAAGGUGGGUGUUAGGAGUCCAGUUGACGAUGGCUGGUACUGUUGCAGUCCUAAAGAUGAGCCCUGAUCGUGUCAGUGGACAGUUGGACGAGUCUCGAGCUUAUUUUCACAGACUAUUCUGGACGUUUUCACCGUGUAACGAGGCAUUCCGUCAUUGCAAGCCCCUAAUUAGUAUUGACGGCACCCAUCUGUAUGGCAAGUAUGGGGGAACGUUGCUUGUCGCGAUUGCACAGGACGGGAACUCCAACAUACUCCCUGUUGCAUUCGCAUUAGUCGAGAGUGAGAAUGCUGAGUCGUGGUCCUUCUUUCUCUCCCACCUGCGUGAGCAUGUGACACCGCAGCCGGGUCUGUUGGUUAUCUCAGACAGGCAUAACGGCAUCAAGGCCGCGCUUGAGGCUCCUGACGGAGGCUGGUUACCUCCGUCUGCAUACCGGGCAUUCUGCAUUCGACAUGUUGCGGCAAAUUUCGCCCUCACCUUCAAGGGCAAAGACGCAAAGAGGCUACUUGUGAAUGCGGCGUACGCUAAGACCGAGGUCGAGUUCUAUUACUGGUUUGAUAUUCUUAGGUCCGAAGACCCGGCGAUGUGUGACUGGGCGAACCGGAUUGAGUAUUCGUUGUGGACACAGCAUUGUGAUGAGGGGCGUAGAUUCAGACACAUGAUGACGAAUAUAUCUGAGUGUGUGAACUCGAUCCUCAAGGGUGUACGAAACCUUCCUGUGUGCUCGCUAGUGAAGGCAACAUACGGAAAGUUGGCCGAAUUAUUUGUUCGCAAAGGGAGAGAGGCUGAGGCGCAGAUAGGAACCGGACAACAAUUUAGUCAGCACUUGGUGAAGUGUAUAGAGGUCAACUUGAAGACGGCUAGGUGCUUCACGGUUAUUGUGUACGACAGAGAUAACUCCGAGUUCACCGUCGUAGAGACAACUCCGACUGGUUCUUUCUCACUAGGUAGCUACAGAGUCUCGCUUGCAUCUCAGACAUGUGACUGUGGAUACUUUCAGGCACUUCAUUUCCCGUGUCCCCACGCACUGGCAUGCUGUGCCUACUCACGGCUUACAUGGGAGCCUUACGUCCACUAG